AUGGAACCUCCAGGUCCUAAACCAUGGCCAAUUAUAGGAAAUUUAUUAGAUUUGGCAAAUGCGUCGGAUAACGUCACCUUAUCGUUCGGGAUACUGGCGGAAAAAUAUGGGGAGAUAUACUCCAUAAAGAUGGGUUCUAAGAGAACAGUCAUUCUUACUUCGAAGGAACCCAUGCAAACCAUCCUCUCGAAUGAGGGAGAAGCCGCCCGUCAGGUCCAGUCAUUGGUGAUUUCGGAUGCAAACUACAACAUCGCUGCUAAACUGUUGGAGGAUCGCUACCAGAAUGAUCGUCAACUUCUUUUCACCCUGCUGAGAAGAUUUACUCAACAACAACCUAUUGCGACUGCCACUGCGCCGGCCUUGCGACAACUCAUCGAUUGUAGUAAGGAGUGCAUGCGGUCAUUGGAGGUUCUCUCCCAGCCUGUACAACAGUGGGAUGCACUCCUCCUCUUCAUCAUCCAUCAGAAGCUUGACAGUGCCACCAAGGAACUGUACGAGCAAGGACUGCAGGAUAGUUCCAUUCCGAAGCUUCAAGGCCUCUUCGACUUCUUGGAACAGAGGUACAGAGCGUUGGAGGCGGGUGGUGCUAAGUCCUCAUGUCCCCCCAAAGUGAUUGAAAAGCCAAAACCUGUUCAUCUCAAGAAUCAUGUGCACCAUGCACAGUCUCCACAAGCUCCUCAUUCACCACACCCAUGCAAAGUGUGCGCUGAACCCCACCCUCUCUACAAAUGUGAAGGAUUUCUUGGCCUGCCCAUGGACACCAGACACGAAGUGGUCAGGAAGAAUGCAUUGUGUUACAAUUGCUUACGUGGUGGACAUUCCAGCUCGCAGUGCUCCAGUUCCUCAACGUGUCGUACCUGCAGUGGAAAACAUCACUCUGUUCUACAUCGUGGGAAAUCAUCUGUUCAUCCGGCCCCUCCAGUCGUGAACGAUAAUCCCAAUCUUGCUCUGAAUCAUCAUACAAACAACAACACCAGCACUUUCUCCCAAACUCUCCUUGCUACAGCAAUAGUGCUUGUGCGAGACAAGUCUGGCCAGCAGCAACCUCUUCGUCUUCUGUUGGAUGGUGGAUCCGAUGUCCACAUUAUCAGAUCAAAGACGGUCAGAUCUCUCGGCUUAUCAUGGGAUAAGCAGCAAACACUCGUCACUGGACUUUCCAUGGCCCCCCUUGGAAGUGCAUUUGGUGUGCUGGACAUGGAGUUCAGUCCACACUUUGACCCUCAUCUCAGCAUUCACGCCAAGAAUGUGAGGAUGAUGGACAGCGUCACUGGUCAAUUGCCUCGUCAUCCUUGUGAUCCCGACCUUGUUCAUCUUUAUGGACUUCAGCUUGCUGAUGAGAAGUGGCACAUUCCUGACGACAUCGACAUGUUGGUCGGCGCCUCCCUCUUCUAUGGUCUUAUCAAUGGAGACAAAAGAUAUGGUCAACUCGGUCAACCAUUUGCCCUCAGUUCGGACAUCGGUUGGUUGGUAGUUGGUGAGGUUGGAAAAACUGGUACACAUGUUCCAACCAAUUUACAUACCCAAGGUUCAACUAAUAUGCAGUCAGUUGAGGUACAGCAAACCAAAGUCCAAGUGGCUGAUGUCAACCUGGAUAAGAGUCUUCGCAAUAUUUGGGAGUUGGAGGAAGUUCCAUUUUCCACUCCACGAGCACUCACACAAGAAGAACAACUCUGUGAAGACCACUACACCAGUCAUACCACUCGACAACAAGACGGGAGAUUUAUUGUCAGCCUCCCAUUGAAAACAACACCACCAGACCUCGGUCCAUCGCGUGACAUGGCCAUGCAACGUCUUCGCCAAAUAGAACGACGACUCGCACGACAACCCACCCACAAGGAAGAAUACGUCGCCUUCAUGAAGGAGUAUCUCGACCUUGGCCACAUGGAAGUUGUCCCCCAAGAAGAAAUCAACACCGAACUAUGCACAUACAUCCCACAUCACUUCGUUGUGAAAGAGUCCAGCACCACUACCAAAUUGAGGGUGGUUUUCGACGCCUCCGCCAAAACCGGAAAUGGAAAAUCUCUCAACUCAUGCUUAUUGGUGGGAGCGACUAUCCAAGAUUCCCUCUUCGACAUUCUGCUCCGGUUUAAGACCCACAUCGUUGCCUUCACUGCCGAUGUUGCGAAAAUGUACCGUCAGAUUCUCGUCACCAAACAAGAUGCUGACUAUCAAAGAAUUUUGUGGCGAGACGACCCCUCUCUUCCUGUGAUAGAUUAUCGCCUCUUGACUGUCACGUACGGGACUGCACCCGCCCCCUUUGAAGCCACUCGUACAGUCAAGGAACUCGCAACAACUGAAGAAGAGAACUUUCCCCUCGCAGCCAAAGUUGUCCACGAUGAUGUUUACGUGGAUGACAUCAUGUCAGGUGCUGACUCACUGGAAGAAGCCAUCCAAACUCAAGAUGAAAUCCUCCUCCUUAUGAAUAGUGCAAAGUGGGAAGCAAGAAAAUGGACCUCAAGUCAUUCUGCUCUAACUGACCGAUUACCUGUGGAAUUACGGGAAACAAAGUCCCUCAUGCCAGUGGAACUUGGUCACACCGUGAAAACUCUUGGGAUUUAUUGGCAGCCAACUUGUGAUCAGUUCCUAUUCCAACUUGUCCAUUCCUCUCCCACAUUCAAAGGCCACCUAACUAAACGUAUUAUUCUCUCUGAAAUAGCUAAAAUCUUUGAUCCGAUCGGGUGGCUCGCUCCUGUUGUCAUCACUGCCAAGUUGAUGAUGCAACAACUUUGGAAGCUCGACCUCGGCUGGGAUGAUCCUGUACCCACCGACCUUGCUCACAAGUGGACCAGCUACAAAAAAGAACUUCAACACAUUGAAACCAUAAAGAUCCCAAGAUGUGUCAAGAAUUCCCUCAACACCAAAUUUGCUCUCGUUGGCUUCUGCGACGCCUCAGAAAAGGCCUACUCCGCUGUGGUGUAUCUCUGCUCUUAUCCUGACGACCUCUCUCCUCCUCUUAUCUCCGUCAUCGCUUCAAAAACUCGCGUUGCUCCAUCCAAGACCGUGUCCCUUCCUCGCCUCGAAUUGUGUGGGGCCGUGCUUCUCUCCCACCUAAUGGAGACCGUCAGUCACGCCCUGAAACUACCUCUACAACAUCAAAGUGCGUGGACAGAUUCAACUGUCACGCUUGACUGGAUUCGGUCCCAUCCUUCACGGUGGAAUCGCUUUGUGGCCAACAGGGUCACCGAAAUCCAGAAUCGUCUACCGUCUCAUCAUUGGGGACACGUGUCUGGAGUGGAGAAUCCAGCAGACUGCGCAUCACGGGGACUGGACCCUUCAACCUUCGCCCAUUUCAUGCUUUGGUGGAAUGGACCUGAAUGGUUGAGCACCGGGAUUCCUACCCCACGACAACAAUAUCCAAAGCCAGAUUCAUCCGUCGAUAUGGAGGAAAAGAGAGAGAUCGCCAUUUGCAACGCCACGACUACUCAUCCAUGGUCCGAACUCUUGGACAACUGCUCGUCCCUACUGAAACUGCAGAGAGUGACUGCUUGGUGCAGUCGUUUCACAAUGAAUACUCGUCCACAUUUGGGUCACGUCAACAUUGGCCCACUCACCCCUUCUGAACUCAUUCGCUCUCUCAAUGUGUGGGUGAAGAUAGUGCAAGCCCAGCAGUUCCAUGCAGAAAUCCAAUCUCUACAACAAACGCCCCCAUCAUUGGAUCCGAAAAGUCCCAUCCUUGCAUAA